AUGCGGAAGGAUAGGAGUUGGGUUUUGCUAGAUGAUCAUCGAUUAGACGCAUUUCAAAAUGGUUGUUUAGAAUUUCUCAACUUUGCUUUCGAUAAGGCGGCCAUUGAUGACAAAAUAAGGUGUCCAUAUAGAGACUGCAAAUGUCGAAAAGUCGGGGAUCGUGAAUUCGUUCAUGAGCAUUUACUUUGGAGGGGCUGGGAUAAAUCCUAUGGCGAAGGACAAUGGGUAAUGCAUUUGGAGUCUGAUGAAGAGUACCGUCCGGAUCUUUGCGAAGUACCCGAAGAAGAAGCUAGUGAAGUAGGGGGGUUUGGUGCUGUACAUGUGAAUGAAGACGAUGACAUGAGUGCCGAUAUUAAUCCCACAAUGGAUGAAUUAUUGCAAGCAUGUCUCAAUCCUACUCAACAUGCCCUAGGUGAAGAGUCCAGCUCAGAAAGUGAUGAUCGCCGCAAACUCAUUGAAGAGUGGUGUAUCCCCUUAUAUGAAGGUUGCACAGAUAAUUCUAAACUUUCCUUCAUGAUGGAUUUUUACAAAAUCAAAUCUCGGGGUAAAAUGAGUGAUAAGACAUUUUCAGAAACCCUCCAACUUAUGAAAAAGAUUCCUUCCCUAAAUAUUCCCGAUUCUUCCUAUGAAGUUAAGAAGCUUAUCGGGAAGUUGGGAUGCGGUUAUGUCAAAAUUGAUGCAUGUGAGAAUGAUUGUAUGUUGUUCUGGAAGAAUGACAAAGACUUGGACAAAUGCAAAGUGUGUAAUGUUUCAAGAUGGAAGAGUCCCACAAAAAAUGAACCAAGUUGUUCAACCUCUCAUCACAAAAGAGUACCUAAGAAAGUUCCCCGACACUUCCCGUUAAUUCCUAGACUCAGACGUUUGUUCAUAUGUGAGAAAACAUCAAUUCAUAAGAGAUGGCAUGCUGAGUCUCGGUGUAACGAUGGUUGUUUAAGGCACCCUGCCGAUUCUGAUGGCUGA